AUGGCACGAAUAGUUCACAAAUACAGCCUUUUCAUACUCUUAUCGUUCUUGAUAUUGCUCUCUUACUCCACUUUAGCUAACUCGAAAAAUAUAAAUGAGAAGAAACCAUGCAAGAGAUUUGUGCUGUACUACCACGACAUCCUUUUCAAUGGCACUAAUGCCUCUAAUGCCACAUCAGCCGCAACUACAAAUGACACAAAGCUCGGAAAUUUUAAGCUUGGAAAGCUUGUGAUCUUCGAUGAUCCCAUGACCAAAGAUAAUCACCUAUUAUCUCCCCCGUUGGCUCGAGCACAAGGGUUUUACUUCUAUGAUAUGAAGACUACAUAUAAUGCUUGGUUUUCAUACACGUUGAUUUUCAAUUCUAGUGAGCAUAAAGGUACAAUUAAUAUUAUGGGUGCAGAUAUGAUGGAUGAGGAGACACGGGAUCUUUCAGUUGUUGGUGGCACAGAAAUUUUGGCAUUUGGGAAUUGGGUCUGUAGAAACCGAUUUUUGACGAAUUGGGUUUGA